GGUGAGAGAGGCCAUCGUGUGGGUGUUUCUCCGCCGGCAGGCCGUUGUGCCUUUCACCAGCUGCUGCUUUGCCGCCGGUCGACCCAGCUCGACUGCUGUGCGCUUUGAGGCAUGGCGUCCACCGUCAAUAAUAAUGUCAACUCUCUGCCCUCCAACGGAGCUGCUUCCACACCGCUAAACUCCUCUAUUUCCCCAAAUACAAUGGCCUCGAGGGCUGCCGGACGUCCCUCGUCCGGUGUCAAGGGGCCGGAUCUUAGUCGUCGUCAGUCUGGGAGUCCCGUCGAUGGCGGUCAAAGACGACCCAGCUCGCAGAAAGCUUGGACUCAGAACAUCAAUCCAACUACACAGAAACCAUCAAACUCAUAUCCACAGCAGAAUGGAGCCGCUUCAGGGAGGAAGUCUGUCGUCUCUCCCAGCCCGGCGUCUAAGGAGUCGUCUACUCCGGACCAGCACGCACACGACCGCCUUAUCUUCCUUCUCACAGCCGCCAUCGGAAGCAACGUAUCCCUUACCAUGAAAGAUGGCGAGAAGUUCACUGGAAUCUUCUCCGGUUCAACUCUAGAGUCUAAUGAAACUAUAUUAAUUCUCAAGAUGGCCCGUCGUCCCCUAUCAGAGUCAGAUUCCGCACAAUCGAAUGGUGUCAGCCAGAAUGAACCUUCAUACGUUGGCUCCGGCUCAGAUCACCAAUUACUGAUCGAUGUUCAAGAUAUCACCUGCUUGGAUAUCCAAUCGCUAUCCACUUCUGGAGUAGUAGCCAAGGACCAGAAUGGGGCCUCUUCCGGCUUCCGCACAGAUACAGAUAUCUCCGGCAAUCAGCCAGGCCGCGAAAGACAGCUGCAACGCUGGGAACCAAGCGGGACUGACGCAACCCUCGACUGGGCCCCAGAAAGCUCAGGAACUGCAGGGUGGGACCAGUUCGAAACUAAUGCUCGACUCUUUGGUGCCACAUCAAGCUACGAUGAAAAUAUAUACACCACUCGCAUCGACCGCUCAGAUCCGUCCUACAAACGCAAGGAAGCUGAAGCUGCUAGGAUUGCCCGUGAGAUCGAAUCUGCCGAUACUGAUAACGCUCACAUGCGCGAGGAACGAGGCCAUGUCCACCAACAAGACGACACUGACGAAGAAGCAAAGUAUUCCGGUGUCAGACGUGACGUUGCUCCAUUGCCCACCGGACAGCCCAACAAGUAUAUGCCGCCUGCAAGACGACCUCCAACUGGCCAGCCAACCGUUCCCGGGGCUCCCGUUGACCCUGCUAUCAUCUCCGCCCAGCUUGCUCGUCCUGACAGCCAGACCAAAACUCCCACUCAGCCCAAGGAGACCUCCGCCAAGGCCGUUACCCAGCAGGAGAAGGAAAAGGAAAAGGCUCCCGCAGCAGCUUCCAAGUCUUCUGAGGGUCUUAAGACUGUUGCAAGCAACGGUGCAAUCGAGGCAGAGCGCAAGGCCACCGCGGCUGGCCCUUCUUCUCAGCCGUCUGCCGCCUCAUCCACUCCACGCACGGGCGCCGAGAACGCUGCCUCCAAUGUUGAAACUGAAGUACUUGAUCAUUUCCGACGAUUUGCUAAUGAUGAAAAGAUGAAACUUCAAGAACGACGACGCAACCAGGCAUCGUAUGACCGGACGAUCAAACUGAACGAACUUAUGAAAUUUUCCAAGAAUUUCAAACUAGGCACACCUGUCCCCAAGGAUUUGGUUCCCAUUCUUGCCAAAGACCCUAGCAAACAGGAGGAAAUUAUCGAGCGUGCAAAGAGACAACAUGAAGAAAAGAAUGCUGCCAUGCCAAACAAACCAUCCACUGGCACUCCUGCUACAUCAGCUGGCUCUACCAACGUUACCAUGGAGGCAAAAGCAACUUCUCGUAACUCUGGAAGUUCUCGGAAUGAAGGCGGAAACGGUCUCCCUGGAGCAACUCCUGACCGUCAAGGCAGUUAUGGGCGUGGUGGACGUCAAGGCUAUACCCCCAUGGGUCCUCACAGUGGACGCCAGCUUCAGCAUCCAGGAGGCCACUCAGGGCGUGGUGGCCCAGGUUUGCUCAGCCACCGGUUAGUCGAGAUCCAGCAGCAGCGCAAGGGCGCAAACAUGGGCAAUUCUCCAGCACCAUUGCCCACCCAAGAUGCCCGCAUGCAACAGCAUCAACAACAGCAACCGCCACCACCACCACCAACCGGUUCUGCAGGCGAUCAAGGACCAAGCAACGCACCUCCAAAGGCUGCAACUCACACGCCUACAUCUUCUUCUGCGUCAACCAAACUCAACGUUCGUGCCAUGGAGUUCAAGCCUAACCCAGCCGCAAGCACCUUCACCCCUGCCAGUGCAGCAGGUGGUUCUUCCGCCGCUACUCCUGUGAACACUCGACCUCAGUCUGUCCCAAGAGCUACGAGCCCAGCAGCCUUCUUUGGCUCUAAGAAGCCUCGACCAGCGUCUGAGCGUCCUUUGAUCGUUAAUGGCUUCAACCCUGUAAAACGCAUGAAGAAAGAGGCUACUGACGCCGGGUCCAAGGACUACGCCUUUAACGGAGGCAUUCCACCAGCCUACAGAACUGCCCCUACCUGGGAUGUCUCCGCCAUUAACGAGAAGAAGACGUAUGCGGACAUGUUUAAACCCCCAGUUGUCGCUGCCUCUGCUUCUCCCCAAUCCCGAGCUUUGAAUGCUCAAAUGCCUCACCAGCCGCAAUUGCCCUAUCAUCUCCAGCAUGCAACACACACCAUGCCGCCACAAGCUGCACCACCAACUCAUCUUAUCCCUCCGCAACAGCCUCCUAUGCAUUACGAUGAUCACCAUCGUAUGCAAAUGUCUGCAUCUUCAUCUCAAGUAUUUCCAUCCCCCCGGCUGCAGCACAGCACCCCCAUGGCAUACCAGCACUCUGUUGGUCCACACAAUCAGAUGGCCAUGCAUGGUGUGCCUCCAUACUACCCUCAGCCCGGACAUAUGUUUUCUCCUAGCCCUAGCCAUGUCUAUCCGCAGCAUGUUCCUCCAAUGCAGACACAUAGCGGGUACCCUAGUCCAAGUCGUGGUGCACCCAUGAUGAUGCACCAGGGCUCCCAGCAAGGACCUCCGCCUCAGCCCAUGAUGCCGAUGAACGGACAGCAAGGACAAGGCUAUUACGCUCCCCAACAACCUGGCCAUAUGCCCCCGAUGCGUCCUGGCCACCACCAGCAACACCCUCACUUCGCCUCUAGUCCGCACCAAGCCCAUAACUACCCCCACCACCAAUACCGUAGUCAAACCCAAAACAAUAACAGCAACAAUAACAACUUCAAUCAAUUACCUCAUGGGCCUCCACCUCCCAUGCAACCGCAAGGCGGCCCGCCUCCCGCCCCUACCCCAAAUGUCCAUCCAACCGAAGCCCCUGAAGAAGUCAAGUGA